AUGAGCAGCGAGGACGAGGUGUUGAUUGCUUCAUGGGAAUGCGGCGAGCUAGUUAAAAAAACUAUGACCGCUUCAUCAUUUAUGAGAGAAUUUCUAAGAAUGACCAUGAAAUGGAUUCCCCACAACUAUAUCAGAUCUGUGCAAGCAAAAGCAAUUCAUGAAGAAAAACAAAGCUGCGAGAGAGGUGCAAUUGUUUUGCAUUUUGAUUUCGCCGAAAACUGGACAGUUGUGCUUCCAGACGCAGUACAAGCGUACCAUUGGCAGAAAAAGCAGGUCACCGUGUUUACCUGCGUUGUUACGUCAAGAAAAUCGACUCGGAACUACGCCAUUAUUUCCGACGAUAUGUCUCAUGAUUCAGCUCAUGCAUGUUUGGCUCUGUCAAAAAUCAAAGCACACCUGGAAGACAACGCGCCAAUCUACACCAAGAUAACACAUGUGAGCGACGAGGCUCCCGCUCACUUCAAGAAUAAAUAUCAGUUUCAUGAGCUACAACGCAGUGAAUGCCAAGAGACGAAAUGGAUGUUUUCGGCCACUGGACACGGCAAAAAUGCUUGCGACGGCGUUGGUGGGCUUGUGAAACAUCGAGCAUCACACCACAACUUGCGGAAGCCUGCAAGUGAGGCCAUACAAACAGCCAGUGGCUCCGUGGACGCAAUUCAAGGAACGCUAAAGAAUAUCACCAUUCUGGAGCUCCCACAGAGGGAGCUUGCAGACUUUCGCGAAAUGAAGAAGGAAGAAUGGAAAACGGCAAAGAAAGUGCCUGGAGUUCAGACACUCCACAUGUGGAAGUACGUUCGAUCAAAUGAAGGCAGUGCAUCCUACGUGGCAUCCACCGCUGCUUCGGAAUGGAAGAGACUAUGA